GUUCCAUUUGAAAAAAUUCUCACCUCUCCCACUUACUGCUCUUCCCUUUAAUUCUUUCAGUUUUUCAGAACUGUUCUAUUUUUUUUCCUAAAGGGCUUAUAAAUAGAAUUUCUCCGCUUUGCCCUGACUAUGCAUGCCCUUGGACUUUUCCUCGACUUUAAGAAGUAUCACCACCUUCUCUGGCUACAGAGGUGGAGCAAAUUUGGAAUCCUGAAAGAACCUCUGCAACCGUGUCCACUGAAACAUCACCAAGAACGUUGCAACUCCAGUAUAGAGAUGGCCCCACGACGUCGGUACUAUUAACAUCACCAUCGUCAUCUCACUGGUAGGAACCUGAUGCACAGAGAGGAUGAGUCACCGGCCCAAAGUGGUUAGUAAACAGUCUUGUCGGUGCAGCCAAGCUCCAUCCACAGGCUGGAUGACAAGCAGACUCCACUGAAGACAGGUUUUCAAAGUCGUUGUUGGGACCUGCAGUACUCCUUCACUGCCCACACAUCCCUUCCGGGGUCAGCGCGCCCCAAGCGGCAGGGGUGCGCACCACUCUCGGCAGAAGCCCAAAAAAGACCCAGGGAGACGAAGGCGGAGUCAGAGGAUCCCAGCCCAGGGUAAAUAAAGGAAGUGUCACCUCUGCCUAAGGCCCCCGAGCCCCAGAGACUGCCCGCGAAGUGCUGAGUCACCGUGAGGGGCGGGCGCUCCAAACCCGCCCUCCGUGUGCUGUUUGCUGGUUCCCUGCGUCCCCAGUCCCUGCUGAGACUCCUGGCAUCGCCGUGGCCUCCCUAUUGGGUCGCUGCUUCCGCCCCCUCAACAUCAGAACAUUCUUUAUAGACUUCAACAUGGGGUCCUCUAAGAUGGUCACUCUCUCUGUGCUCAGCCGUGAGCAGUCUGAAGGAGUUGGAGCACGGGUCCGCAGAAGCAUUGGCAGACCUGAGUUAAAAAAUCUGGAUCCAUUUUUACUGUUUGAUGAAUUUAAAGGAGGAAGGCCAGGAGGAUUUCCUGAUCACCCACACCGAGGUUUUGAAACGGUAUCUUACCUUCUUGAAGGGGGCAGCAUGGCCCAUGAAGACUUCUGUGGGCAUGUUGGUACAAUGAACCCAGGAGACCUACAGUGGAUGACUGCAGGCCGAGGCAUUCUACAUGCUGAGAUGCCUUGCUCUGAGGAGCCGGCCCAUGGCCUACAACUGUGGGUGAAUUUGAGAAGCUCAGAAAAGAUGGUGGAGCCUCAGUACCAAGAACUGAAAAGUAAAGACAUCCCAAAACCCAGUAAGGAUGGUGUGACCAUUGCUGUCAUUUCAGGAGAAGCCCUUGGAAUAAAGUCCAAGAUUUAUACUCGCACACCAACCUUAUAUCUGGACUUCAAAUUGGACCAAGGCGCAAAGCAUUCCCAGUCUAUUCCUAAAGGGUGGACAAGCUUCAUUUAUACCAUAUCUGGAGGUAUACAUAUUGGGCCCGAUGAUGCUCAGCAAAAGAUAGAGCCCCAUCACACAGCAGUCCUUGGGGAAGGUGACAGUGUCCAGGUGGAGAAUAAAAGUCCUGAACGAAGCCAUUUUGUCUUAAUUGCUGGGGAGCCGCUAAGAGAACCAGUUGUUCAACAUGGUCCAUUCGUGAUGAAUACCAAUGAAGAAAUUUCUAAGGCCAUUCUUGAUUUCAGGAAUGCAAAAAAUGGCUUUGAAGGGGCCAAAACCUGGAAGUCAAAGAUUGGAAAUCAAUAAAGAACUCAAGAGCAGAGCCAAAUGCUUCCUCAGAUUUUGCCAUUUGUGUGGUCCAAAUUUCUAAAGGUGACUUAGCUGGUGCUUCUAAAGUAGUCCACAUUGAAGUGCUAAAAUGGUUUUGCAUAAAGGAUCAAAUGUACUUGUAUCUUAUCCUUUACAUAAGAAAAUUCACAUUAUUUUAUUAUAAACUGACUGAUUCUUAGCUUUUAUUUUUUAUCAGAAUUAGGAUGUAAUACUCAUAAUACUUAUUUUUUCCAAAUAGAAAGGUUAUAUAGACAAGUGUUUAAUUAACAACAAAAUUCCAUACAUUGAGUGGCUUAAAAGAAAUAUAGUGUCUUAGAAAUCUGGAAGCUGAGAGGAAGAAGGACCAGCAAUAUUGUGUUCUGGUGAGGUCUCUUCUUUCUGGCUUAUAUGUCUUAUGUCUGUUCUUAUAUGGGGAAGAUAGAGCUCAUCUUUUUAUAAGGCCACAGUUCUAUGUAACUAGGUUUCCACACUUGCAGUUUAAUUUGGCCACUAUUUCCUCAACACCCUCUUUAGAUAUAGUCACAUCUGGGGCUGCAACAUACACAUUUUAGAGAGACACAAUUCAGUACGAAGGAGUAGGCAAUUCUCUUUUAUUUCACCACAGUAAAUUGAAUAUUUCACAUUAUUUGGUAUGAAAAGAGAGGAGAUGGACCUGAAAGAGUUAAGAGGCACUGAUAUGCUAUCUUUUAUGUAUUAAAAUCUUCUGUGACAUAUUGAUGGGAUUUAUAUUAAAAACAACUAAAAAAUUGUUUGUGGUGAGAGUCACCAGAAUGCAUUAUAUACAUGUAUGAAAUUGUCAAAGACCAAAUAAUUAAUUUUAAAAGGGGGGGAACCCAGAGUGAAAAAUGGUUUCAGUAGCGAUGUAUAUAGGAUAUUUCCUGGCAUGUGCAAAUAAAUCUAAUUGUUACUUCUUUUAAA